AUGUUUUCCGCUCGAUUUGCCCGCGCUGGCCUGCGUGCCACGGCCCAGCAGUUCUCCGUCCCUCGCACUGCCGCCAACGGCCUGAGGUCCUACGCUACCCCGGCCCAGGAAGUCAGGCCCCCCGUGGCCCUCUUCGGCGUUGACGGUACCUAUGCCACUGCUUUGUACACUGCCUCCGCCAAAUCCUCCGCCCUUGACCAGGUCGCCAAGGCCCUCGCCUCCCUCGGCCAGACCCUCAAGAACGACCGCAAGCUCACCACCAUCAUCGGCGCCCCGACCCUCACCACCGCCGACAAGCAGGAGAUCGUUGCCGAGCUGCAGAAGCUCGCCGGUGGCGCUGACAAGGGCGACAUCCUGAAGAACUUCCUCAACACUCUGGCCGAGAACAAUCGGUUGGGUGCUCUUGAGGGUGUUUGCGAGAAGUUCGGUACCCUUAUGGGUGCGCACCGUGGUGAGCUUGAGCUGAACAUUACCAGUGCUCAGGACCUCGACAACAAGACUAUCUCUCGUCUGGAGAAGGCUGUCUCCAAGUCUGAGUACAGCCAGGGCAAGAAGCUCAAGGUUGUCACCAACGUCAACCCUGACCUCAUCGGCGGUCUUAUCGUCGAGGUUGGCGACCGUACCAUCGACCUCAGCGUUUCCUCCAAGGUCUCCAAGCUCAACAAGGCUCUUACGGAUGCUGUGUAA